GAGGAGAGAGAAUGGGAGUGAGAACACCACAUAUAAUCCAGGGACAGAUCCACAGUGAAGAUGCAGUCAGACAGAAUCAGAUGUCAACAAGAACAGGACGUUGUAUGUCAAUGCAGCACUAAGUAACAGAGUAAUAAAUCCUGCAGAAUUCCCAAGGAUUUGGUACUACUUGCAGAUCGGACGUACCAGGGAUGAUCAGCUCAGCUCCUCUCCUACUGCUACUUCUACUGAUCACCCCUAAAGUGCAUGGCAGUGGGGAUGUUUUGGGCCUAGGAGAACUGAAAGGGGAAGAUGGAGAAGACAAGAAAGAUAGCCUAUGGCUAUCCGGUGCCCAAGAGAUGCAAGACUUGGCACAACUUUCCUGGGAGUACGUUCAGGACCUCCAGUGCUGGUUGUGGCCAGAGAAGUGUGAAGAUACAAGGAGCCAUACAGAAUGGAGCUGGAACAGCAUUGGGUGGGACUCCCUAAACCUCCUGACGGACUUGUAUGCCAAAGUAUUGGAUAGCACUGAUUUUGCACGAGGGUCAAUUACUAACAAUCUCACAGGUCUGCAGUGGGACAUGGACAGGAGAGUUUAUGGACAGCACCUGGCUGUGAGGCAGAUAGUAACUUCUCUAACAAGGUUUCUGCAGGAAGAUAGCAAAAAGAAGACAUUGGUUCUGUCCUUCCAUGGUUGGACAGGUACCGGUAAGAACCUGGCUGCCCGGAUAAUUGCUGAGAAUCUAUAUCGCGAUGGGCAGCGGAGCCUGUGUACGAAAGUCUUCAUCCCACAGCUGCACUUCCCUCACCUCUCACACGUGGAAGCAUACAAGGUUCAGCUGAGAAAGCAGAUCCAGGCGGUCUCCUCGCACUGCGCGCAGCCCCUGUUUGUGUUUGAUGAGACAGACAAGCUGCCGGCGGCGUUUCUCCAGUCCCUUUUACCUCUUUUAAACCCGGACGAGACAAAGGACACCAGAAGCAUCUUUAUAUUCCUCAGUGGAAGUGGUGCAGGCGUGAUCAAUGAGGUAGCGCUUAACUUCUGGCGAGCCGGGCGUCUUCGGGAGGAGAUCACGCUGGAUGACUUGGAUCGUCCACUGAGGAUGGCAAUCGAGCAGAUGAAAGAUCAGCUCCUGACCCAGCAGCUGUGGACGCACAAUCUCAUUGAUGAAUAUGUGCCUUUUCUGCCCUUGGAACGCCAUCACGUGAAGCUGUGCACUCGAGACGCCAUAGAAGCCCGAGGCCUCCCCCACAACGAGGGCGCCCUGGACUCUGUUAUCCAAGAACUUCUGUUUGUGCCAAAGGAAGAGAAGAUCUUCUCAGCUCAAGGAUGCAAACAAGUGGCCCAAAGAAUCAACUUCAAGAAGCUCUAAUUCAGUGGCUAAAGACUCUAAGGAGCUUAAUGAAAUCUGACCAGACAGAAGAAGAAGCCUCAGCCUAUGGAGUAUCUGAAAUGAGGACUGGCAAGGGAUACUACUGCCCUCAACAUCUACACAGUAGCUGCUAUGCACCAGUUUACAGAGUAUACAGCAGAUAUGCCUGAGCAUGUUAGACUACUUUCACACUAGCAUUUUAGUUUUCCGGUCUUGAGAUCCCUCCUAGGGGCUCAAUAC